CGCAAGGCCAGGCUCUUCUCUCGAAGCAGGCCAGCAGCAGCAUAAAAUACACAUUCAGAGAGAAAGCGAAUUAGGCCACCUCAGACGAGGAGCGUGCGUAGGUGGAGAGUCGAGUGCGUGGGCAGGCUGGCAGCUAGCAAGCUUCCUUGCGAUGCUCAGCCAGAUACGCGUACAUACAUACAUUCAUUCAUUCAUACAUAUCCACAUUUGCCUCCACACCGACAGACACCUCGGUACCCUCGAGAAAGGCAUCAAGGCGCAGACAGGUCGGCAGCAGCAGACCCACGCUCACCGCGAAAGGCAGGAGCUGGCUGAAAAGGGUACUCGUCGGUAAGUACGAGGCCCCAUCAAUACCUGCCUGUAGCCCACCACCAUGGUCACCUUCGCCGGCAGUGCCAUGCCUGGCUCGACCGACGCCAUGGAGAUUCUCGACAAAGGCGACUUCCAUGGCCCUUCGUCUACCUUGGCCGCCGCGCAGCUCAUGGCCGCAACUAAUGCAUCAUCCCCACUUACGGCAGCAGCAACAGGUUAUGGAGCACGGACAGGGCCGGAUGGCACUGCGCUCGCCCCAUCCAUAGUCGCAGCUGCGGCUGCAGCCGCUGCACACGAGCUCGCCAGCGUGCCUGAGGACGAACAGAUGAGCGGCUCCUCCUUUCGCCGAGCUACAGAUCUCUCGUCUUCAGCCCUGAGCUCGGCCAACGGCUCAUCAACGACAGCAGCAGUCGCAGGGCUGCUGCUAUCGACAUCAUCCGUCUCGAGCGUUGAUGCUGCCGGCGCGAACGAUGACAUGGGCGAUCACUCCUUGCGCUUCCUCACCCCAUCCACCUCUGCAGGCCACACUGGCGCAGGGUUACCAGCGGGCGAGGCUACGACGUCGGCGCGGGAAGCUGCGAGGAGCUCGAGGAACUCGGCGCGCUUCAGUCAGUACCUACCCGCGGACAUGGACGUCUUUGGCACUGGUGGAGUAGCCAUCGCUGGUGCCGGCAGCGGAGCUGGUAGCAGCAGUAGCGGUAGCAGCAUAAUAGGCGGCAAGCAUCGCAACGGCGGCUUGUCGUUAGCAGCAACAGCGGGGGCGGCAGCAGGGCCCGGGUCACCCGUCGGCCUGCUCAAGCCGCUGCCUGGCUUACCUGCAGGCAGCAUGCUGCAUAGUGAUCGUGAGCAGGACAGUCUUCCACUCACCAAUGGCGUGUCGGGUCACCACCACCACCACCACCACCACCACUACCACCACUCCCAACCCCACUCCCAGCAGCAGCAGCAACAACAACAGCAGCAUCCAUCCCACGCGGCAUCCAUCUCUGCGAGUGCAGCCCUCGAUCCGAUCUGCAUCCCACCACAGCACAUCCCUCAGCCGCUCGCCGUCGGAAGCACACCGGGUGCAGCGAACGGCAAGGCGUCCAUCGAGAGGCCCACGCCGCCGGUGCCACCCUCGAUGCUCUCGAGCGGCAGCAACGGCUCCUUCCUGCUACAGAGCCCGCCGGCGUCGGCACGCCUCGAGAUAUCCCAGAUGUCCAUGUCACCGCCGGACGCUGAUCCCGCGCGCGUGCUCGCUGAGAGCAACCGCUCGAGCAUCGACGAUAUCCGGCGUGGCUACGCUUUGCGCAAACAGGCAUACAACGGCAGCGCCGCCGCACCUGCUCCCGCGAUUGCAAUUCCCCCUCCACCUGUGGCACCCUUGCCGUUGGCAACCACUAACCAGCACCAGCAACAUGGGGCUCUGCCCCCCUUUGUUGGUGCGAAUGGCAUGUCCAGCCCGGCCGCCUCUCCGGCCAGUGCAUUCCAGACGCCGCCGCCCUCGCGGCGGCCGGGCGGCGCGAGCGUCGACAUGGUACGCCCGGCUAGCGUGCUGGAGACCCGCUCGGCGCGGCAUGAAGCCGCGCAGCGCCAGCAACUGCGGCACAGCAUCAGUGUCGAGCGCACCGGUACCAUCUCUGCCGCGGGAGCGGGCAAUGCGGCGAUCUGCGGCUCUGUUACGCCCGUCGACAACCGCUCGAUUGCGAGCAGCAAGACGGACCGCGAGCGCGGAAAGGAUGACCGCGAGCGGCGCUCGCGCCGCACGCUCGGCGACUAUGUGCUCGGCAAGACGCUUGGCGCUGGCAGCAUGGGCAAGGUUAAGCUCGGCGUCAAGAUGGGCAACGGCGAAAAGGUGGCCAUCAAGAUCAUUCCGCGACACACCUCCGUCGCGGCCGCGCACCAUGCCGCGCAGAAGGCCGCGCUCAAGCAGCAGCAGCAACAGGCGAAGCAGCAGCAGCAGCUACAGCAAGCGGGGGCUUCUACGUCUGGGUCUGGUGUCGGUGCAAGCACAGUGGGGCAAGGGGGUGGCAUCAGUGCUACUGCUGUUGCUGUUGGCGGUGGUGGCAGCGCUGGAGACCACGGGACGAGUACAAACGACAAGCCGAUCCAGCCGAGCCCGUCGUACCUGCAGAAAGCGUAUGCCAAGGACCAGUCAAAGGAGAUUCGGACGAUCCGCGAAGGCAGCCUACAGCUACUGCUGCACCAUCCGUACGUGUGCGGCAUGCGCGAGAUGAUCAUUCACCCGAACCACUACUACAUGGUUUUUGAGUACGUCAACGGCGGCCAGAUGCUCGACUACAUCAUCUCGCACGGCCGCCUGCGCGAGCGCGCGGCGCGCAAGUUCGCCAGGCAGAUCGCCAGCGCGCUCGAGUACUGUCACCGGAACAGCGUCAUUCACAGAGAUCUCAAAAUUGAAAACAUCCUUAUCUCCAAGACAGGCAACAUCAAAAUCAUCGACUUUGGCCUGUCGAACCUCUACUCUCCCCACUCGCAUCUCAGCACCUUUUGCGGCUCGCUCUACUUUGCGGCGCCCGAGCUGCUCAAUGCGAAAGUGUACACGGGCCCAGAGGUGGACGUGUGGAGCUUCGGUAUCGUGCUAUACGUGCUCGUUUGUGGCAAGGUCCCGUUUGAUGACCAGAGCAUGCCAGCGCUGCAUGCCAAGAUCAAGCGAGGCCAGGUCGAAUACCCGGUCUGGCUGAGCGGAGAAUGCAAGCACAUCCUCUCGCGUAUGCUCGUCACCAAUCCUCAACAGCGCGCAAGCUUGACGGAGCUGAUGUCGCACCCGUGGAUGGUCAAGGGUUACGAUGGCCCGCCAGACAUGCAUAUGCCCCAGCGCACGCCGCUGCGCGCCGGCCAGUUGGAUGUGGAUGUGAUCAAAGGCAUGACCGGGUUCGAGUUUGGCGCGCCGGAAGACAUCGAGAGGCACAUGACCGACAUCCUCACGUCCGAGCUGUACCAGCAGACCCUGGCUGCUUGGGACGCCAAGCAUGGCGUCGCGGCGCCCGUCAGCUCGUACAUGGGCGCAGGCGGCGACGCGACGUUUGCGAUCGGGCGGCAGUCGACGCGCAACAGCGUCACAACCGACAAGUCCAAGUCCGCUACCAAGCGCUUUUCCGGCAUCGACUUUUACCGCAAGAAGGCCAAUUCGCUCUUUGGCGGCAAAGAUGAUGCGACCUUCACGCCCAAUGGCUCCUCCAAAUCGACAACCAGCGCCAGCGUACAGUUGCUCGACCCGACAGCGGCAUACCACCCGCUGUUCUCUAUCUACUACCUCGUGAAGGAGAAGAUGGAGCGCGAGAAGCUGUAUGGCCACUCGUUCUUCGCGUCAUCCAACAUCUCGCUGAUCAACCAGAACCUAGCAAGCACGGGCGGACAGGCAGCCGGAGGCUCCUCGAUGCCCACAGCAGCGGACAUUCCGCAGGAAGAAGUCAAGGUACCCGAAACGUCGCAUGCGUCUUCGCGCGCCAUUGAGCCGAAAGCCAAGCCAGGGCUCAUGGCGCCGCCCAGAGCAGCCGGCACCGCUGCCUCGGUGCCGUCGUCCCCGACGCCGGUGUUCGACUCGCGAGAAAAGUCGCAGCCACUGCCGAACAUGGCAGGCCCGCCGCGUGCUCGCGCUACUGGCGAUGAGAUGGAGGAGGCGCUGCGCGGCGCGACAUUCAUGGGCGGCAGUGCGGGGAAGCGGCCAGAGUCAACGCUCAUGUCACCGACCAAGGUCAGCGCGUCUACAUUUGACAGCAAUCACAAGCGUAGCAUGAGCUUGAGCAUGAAGCGACCCAUGUCAACCAUCGUCGACUUGAAGACGACCUCGUCGAUCGCACCGUCGUCUGCGGCACAGCAGCAGAGCAUCAGCGUCGCCAGUCCGACAAAUCCCCACUCCGCCGCCGCUUCGCCGGGGCCGGACCAUGCGUCACCGACGCCGGCGCUGGGAACGCUUGCGCGUCGUUUCGGCUCCCUGAUGAGUCGCUCUCCCUCCACGCCAAUUGAUGCCGACGCAAGGGACAAGCGGCGCUUGCAGCGCAUGAGCACCGGGGGCAUGUCCGCUCCGAGUCGGCGGGCGAGCACGUUUGGCAGUGGCCUCAGCGGCGUCGCAGAACGCAGAGAUGGAGAGAAUGCAGAUCAGGGCGGAGGACAAAAGACGUAUGCUGAGCCAGACUCGGCAGAAGACAUCAACGCCAUCAUGACAAAGCCGCUGUCGCCUCAUCCAAGGGACUCGUCGAGCUUGACGCGAAAGGAGACGCCAACGGGCACCACCUCACUUGGCCGCUCGUCCGGUCUGACCAUGUCGCCGAAGCGCCGGCAAAGCACCCUGCUCGGCCUGAAGAUUAACCAGCAGCAGUUCCCCAUCGCAAAUCCUGGAGAAGCGGGUGGGUGGCAGGGUCCCAACAACCCUGCGCAGGCGGCUGUGUUGCCUUCCAGCUCGAGGAGGGAGACAAUUACCAAGGGCAGCAAGGAGCAGACUGCCUCCAAGCCUGUUUUCCUUAAAGGUCUCUUCAGUGUGCAGACGACCAGCACCAAGCCGCGCGCCGUCAUUCAUCAGACACUCGUGCAGGUGCUUGAUCGCCUCGGCGUGCAGUACCGCGAGAUUAAGGGUGGCUAUGAGUGCGUUCAUUUGCCUUCGCUCGACUUUUCGGGCGGUACGAUUGCCGCUGCGACGGGUCAAGGCAACGUGCGUUUGGGUGGGGAGGCAGAUAUGGGUGAGACGGAAGCAUUUUCUGCAGAUACUGCAUCGCCGCAGCGUCCUCGAAGGAAAGGCAGCAAGCUCUCCUUCACCUCGGCCAAACAGAAGCUGAAGGAAGUCUCUGAGAGCAAGAGCUCGCUCACCAAUGCGGACGACAGCUCCAUCCGGAGUCGGACCAACUCGUUGGCUGGCGCCAUGGAUGGCGAUUCGAGCGGCCUGGGCCUUCGCACGAGCCCUGGCACACUUGUCAUCGCCGAGAGCAACCAGGAGGAUGCAGCGGCGAACGCACCUCGGUCGAAGACGAUGAGCCCGAAUGCAGUUCAUGACCUCGCGGUGCGCUUCGAAGUGUUUGUCGUCAAAGUGCCCCUCUUGCUUGGCGUCAAUGGCUUGCAGUUCAGAAGGGUUUCUGGCAAUCCCUGGCAGUAUCAGAUGUUAGCAAAACGGAUUUUGGAGGAUGCCAAGCUUUGAUGAACAGCAUUAUCAAAACAGCCCUUCGACCUCUGCAUACUGCAGUUCAACAGCAUAACCACAGCAGCAACUCUUCUUUUUAAACAACCCAGACAGAUAAGAAGCAUGAUUGCUUCAUGUUCACCUGGUCCAUCCACUCCUUUUGACACUAGCAUCACAUAUACACAAUCAUACGCACAGCUAAGUACGCACGCACAGCGAGCGUGCGCGAACUCGCAGACGCACCAAAAGGCCACAGGCGGCGAUUCAGAAGGCAGAGCAUGGACACCUUGAGCGAAAGGGCACGGCGGACGUUCCGCUUCGCCUGCAUGUUUCUGACACUUUUGCCAUUGUAAAGUCUAUGGAAUGUAGAGGACGCCCGCUUUGGCUUUCGCCCAGCAGCGGGACGGAUGUGAGA